AUGAGACUGAUGGAGACUGAUGCAGACUGAUGUGUAUGUGACACAUUUUUAUUGAAAUCUCACGUCUCACGUCUCACGUCUCACGUGUAGUAGUUUCGACGUCGUUAUACGACAUACGUCGUGUUACGUGUAUUACAACGUAUCAUUAUUCAUUUGUCCGCUGUUCAGGAGUCAUGGAGAAAUGGGUGCAAGAGAAAUUGUCCGAAUUGUUAUGUUUUCUAGUCCCAGAUGACUUGGUUCAAUAUAUUUUGCAGAUAGAAAAUGAGAAAGAUUUAGAUUUCUAUCUUACAACGUUAUUGAAUAAUGAAAGGCCAAAUCACAGACAAUUUGUAACAGAAUUGAAAAAGAGACGCGCCUCGUAUAAUAAUCAAACUAAAUACAAGAAAACAAACGACGAUGCGGACAGUAUCUCCAAGAAACAAAACGAUAAGAAAAAGGGAAAAGGAAAAGGGAAAAAAAAUGUUCAAGUGCAAGAGACUAUAAAGCCUGAGACAAAGUCUGAGAAGGUGGAAAAGAAAAAGACUAAAUUUGUUAGCUUAUUGUCUCAUGGAAAUAUUCUCUUGAAAGGAAGACAUAAAUGUGACUGCGAAGCAAACAGACAUGCAUUAAUUAACAAUUGUCUUAAUUGUGGAAGAAUAGUCUGUGUACAAGAAGGCUCAGGGCCAUGUUUCUCUUGUAGUGAACUUGUUUGUUCUCCAGAGGAACAAGUAUUACUUCGGAGCAAUACUAAACAGGCUGAUAAUUUGUAUAAUAAAUUAAUGGAUCAAAAACCAAAUAAAAGUCUUGAGGACUCUCUUAAACAGAGAGACAAACUUCUCGAUUUUGAUCGCAAUAGUGCCCGUCGCACUAAAGUGAUCGAUGACGAAUCGGAUUAUUAUCAGUCAAAUAGCAUUUGGCUUUCCCAUGACGAGCGCAAGAAGUUACAGAAGCAAGAAGAGGAAGCACUAGCGCGCAAACAUGCGUCACGUUUAAAUAAAAAAGUCACUAUAGAUUUUAUGGGAAGAGUAGCAGUUGACGAAGAUCAAUCCAUUAACUUGCAAUCGGAAGAUCUUGGCGAAGUACGGUCAUAUGACAAUUUUGAUGAUCCAAACAUUUGUCCAACGAUAGAAUUUGAUCGACCAACAUUUGUUGAGAUGGGAAUAUUCGGAACAAGCGAGAGAACUGAAAAUCACAUAUGGACGACGGAAGGCAGAAUACAGGAUAAAGAAUAUCUAGAAAUGUUUGACCAAGGCCUAUGUUUAAGCAUGCAUCAGCCUUAUGCAUCCUUGCUGGUGGCAGGAAUAAAAACUCACGAGGGUAGAAGUUGGUAUUCUUCACAUAGAGGAAGAUUAUGGAUAGCAUCGGCUGCAAAGGUACCUUCCUCUGAAGAAAUAUCUAAUAUAAAGCAUGCCUACCGCAAAUUAAAAAAUGAAAAUGUAGAGUUCCCCGAAGUUUAUCCCACGAGUUGCUUGUUGGGUUGCGCGACAGUGACGGAUGUUCUAUCUCAAAAAGAAUAUAGAGACGUAUAUCCAGAAGGAGAAAGUGAUAGUCCAUAUGUCUUUAUAUGUGAGAAUCCUUACAUGUUACCGAUACAAUUUCCCAUAAAAGGAAAACAUAAAAUUUAUAAAAUGGAUAAAAAAAUUCAUCAAGCUGCUUCCAAAUGUUUAGAAAGAGCCAUGAAAAUAGCUAGUAACUAAUGUUCUCAUAACGUUUCUUUCUUCGACAGAUUAAAUAAGAUUAAUUUUCCCAGGUAUAUACGUUUAUUUGUGUUAAUAAAUUAAAUAUACAUGCAUUCUAUUAAAAAUAA